AUGGCGGCGAGCGAAGAGCGUUUUGAACUUUCGAGAAUAUCAUCAAAAUGGAAUUUACGAGACGAGCAAAAACAAGCUAUACAUGAUUUAUUAUGUGGGAAAGAUGUUCUUGCGACAUUGCCAACGGGAUUUGGUAAGAGUCGUAUUUUCUACGCUUUUGCUUCUGUGAAGGAUAAACAGCUUUCGGGUGCUGUAGUAAUUUUAGUAAUCACCCCUUUGACCAGCAUCGCAAAAGACCAGUUGGACUAUUUGGAUUCAAUCGGUAUUCCAGCCGCCAACCUAGCCGGACUUCCAAAAGAUGAUUUACGCGAAUGUAAAAUGCAAUUCUUGUUUGGUUCGGCCGAAGAUGUUGCGACCAAGGAAUUUCGCAAUGAAUUAAAGGAUAGAACAUCUGAACUACACAAACAACUGGCUUGCAUUGUGGUUGAUGAAUCGCAUACAAUAGAAACUUGGGCCGGCAAAAGGUACAUAUUUUACAAAUGUUUCAGUUUUAACAACUUUGUUGUUCAUAUACUAAAAUAUGUUUAUCUGUUUUAUUCAGAAUAAAACGCAAACGGAAGAUGAGAAGAAACAAACAAAUAAAUUAAACAAGUGAAAAUUUGAUUUUUUACACCUAACCAAGGAUGAAAUCCCAUCCCCUACUCAUAGUCUCCUAACAUACUUCCAUGAAAAGUAAACACAAGUUAAAAGUGCUUUCUAAACUGUCUUUAAACUUAGCCCUUAGGCAUGUCAGUCCUGUCCCUUGUAUAAAAUAGCCUGUGAACAAAUGCCCUGCCCUCUCCCCAUGGGGGAAAAUUGGGGGAAGUGCAUUCGCAAAAUGGUGUAUGUAAGCAUGUUCUUAACAGUGCAAUCGGUUCGCAAUCGCCUAAUACUUAUAAGAAUCUAGGAUACAGAAACCUGCACAUCAUGUAUAUAAUUAUAAACAUUUAGUUUGGCAAUUUUCAUAUUGUUUGGGUCUUGAAUCAAUACCUAGAAUGAGAAAAACAAAUAUUGACAUUUUAAGAAAAGGUUUACAGGUAAACUACGUGAAGCAUUCCUCUUUUGACUUUCUAACUCGUUUGGAAUUUUCCUCAUUAGCUUUGCAAAUUUGAAAAACUCUUUGCAAAUCCCUUGAGGGAAUUUGCAAUGUUUCUAUUGGCUGUUGCAAUAUUGCAAUGCAAAAAACUUCAUUUUAAAUUUUCCUAACUUCCUGUUUUAAGGAUUAAUUUAAUUCUAAAUUCAUAAACAUUUUUUAUUGUCAGAUGUUCCCAUACUAGCUCUCACUGGAACUGCUGAUAUGCAUACUCAAAAGAUUAUUACUACAGAAUUGCUGAUGGUAAACCCAACCAAAAUUUUUAUCAGCCGAAACCGAGAAAACCUGCGUUUUUCAGUGGUCAAAACAUCCAGAGACAAAAUGCAUGAAAAACUAGACUGGCUCAUUGCAAUGAUAAAAGGGGUUGGUUGUUGCAUGCCCAAAACUAUAAUCUUCUGCAAUACCUUGACAGAUAUUGCAUUUGUGUUCAAUCAUCUUUUGUUUAAACUUUGAGGGUAUGCUUAUUAUCCUCCAAAUUCAAGUAAGAAAUGUGAUCUUAUCAUUGGUAUAUUCCAUUCUGUAUCAUGGCAACAUAAUAAAGACCGGGUCUUCAAAUCCUUCAGAGAGAUGGUCAUCUGCGAGUUGUAAUAGCAAGCACUUCUCUUAGUGUGGGAGUUAACUUUCCGGAUGUAAGAUACAUCAUUAACUGGGGACCAGCGAGAACACUUAUAGAUCAGCAUCAAGUAGCUGGUAGGGCAGGCAGGGAUGGUGAACAAUCUGAUGUGAUACUGGUCUAUUAUGGACAACAACUGUCACAUUGUGAGGAGAAUGUUUCAAAUUUUGUGAAAGCUGAAGGCUGUUACAGAGUUGCUGCAUAUAAAACAUUUGACCCAAAUAUCACACCCCUAGACAUUAAACAUAAAUGUUGCUUGAACUGUGCUAAAAGUUGCAAUUGCAAAAAUGAGGACUGCAAGUUGAUGCCAUUUGAAUGCAACUAUCAACGUACAACAUCAUCAGCAGAGUCUAUGACUAGGCUGGUAACUGUACAGGAUAAACAAGAUGUUAGAGAUGCUUUAAGUGAUAUUAAGGAUACAUUGCCUAGUGGGUGUACUGUUUUUGGUUCAUCUUCGUGUCAUGGGUUUUCUGAAGAACUAAUUGAGUGUAUUACUGAUAACUGUCAUUGGAUAUUUACUUUGAACGAUGUGAAAACAUACCUGCUAAUAUUCACAGUCGAGCAUGGGUUAAAAAUUUUGGAAGUUCUUGAUGAAAUAUUUGAUGACAUUCCACAGUUUGACUCCUUGAGUUGUAUUUUCAACGAAGUUGUGUUGAAUGACAAAGAACUCGCAGAAUUUCAAUGUUCAGAUUCAGAUGAACAGUCAGAACUUUUUGAGCUGGAUAGCUUAAAUGAGGAUGAUAUUUAA